GAACCCAAGGAAGAACCUAAGGAGGAGGCCAAGGAGGAGCAGCCUGCUCAACCGGAAUAUCUGGUUAAAACCCCCGCUCUCGCCGAAUUCUUCGAUCGCCUGCCUGCCAUUCUCUCUGCGACCGGCCAUGCUGAGAUGUGGGGAGUGACCUUGAAGGACUUCAACGAUAUCCCCACGGUCAACGUACUCAUCAAAUUCUUGCGCGCUAACGAGGGCAAUGUCAAGCUGGCUGAGGAGCAGCUCACCAAGGCUAUGCAAUGGCGCAAGGAGAUGAACCCCAUCGCGCUGACUGAAGGUCAAUACAAUGCUGAGAAGUUCAGUGGUCUUGGCUAUGUGACCAAAUACACCGAGGCGAACGGCCAGGAGGUUAUUGUUACGUGGAAUAUUUAUGGAAGUGUCAAAAACGUGGAAGCUACGUUUGGUGACUCAGAUGAGUUCAUCCGGUGGCGUGUGGCACUCAUGGAGCUGGCAGUCAAGGAUAUGAAGCUCGGCGAGGCUACGACCGUGAUUGACUAUGAGGGAGAGGAUCCCUACCAGAUGCUCCAGGUCCACGACUACUUGAACGUCAGCUUCCUCCGCUUGAAUCCCAACAUUCGCGCAGCCACCAAGAAGACUAUUGAGGUCUUCGCCACCGCCUACCCCGAACUGCUGCGCGAGAAGUUCUUCGUCAAUGUUCCUGCCAUCAUGGGCUGGAUGUUCGCCGCGAUGAAGGUUUUCCUCAGUAAGAACACUACGCGCAAAUUCCACCCCAUCUCCAACGGCGCCAAUCUGGCUCGGGAGUUCCCUGCUCUGAAGGAUCAGUUUCCUCACUCUUACGGCGGCACCGGUCCCGCCUUGCAGGAAGGUGGCUAUACCGUCAAGUUGGAACAGAGUGCUCCUGUUCCCGCCGCGGCUCCCGAG